AUGUCUCCCACUAAAGAAGCACAGACUGCCGUCGAACAGGCUACAGCAAAGGUCAUGGAACGCUGUAAAGAGAGCAAUUCAUACCCCAUGUGGACUGUCACGGAUAAAGUCUCCAAACUACAACCCAACCCGCGGGCUCUGCCGACACAAUGGAAAUGGUCCCAAAUGAGGAAUCUAAUGCUUGAGGCAGGCUCGAUUGUGCCCGAGGAGAUGGCAGAGCGACGAGCAUUGAUGAUGGUCAACCCUGGUAUCCCCACACACAGCGGCGCCUCGCCGUAUACUACCGACACCCUGUACGCUGGGUUCCAGCUGGUCUUGCCCGGAGAGACGGCUCCUGCGCACAGACACAUGGCCUAUGCCGUGAGGUUCGUCCUGGAGAGCAGCCAAGGCUUUACUUCCGUUGCCGGGCACAAAAUGUACCUGCAGCCCGGGGAUCUGGUGUUGACGCCGUCCUGGCAGUGGCACUACCAUGGCAACGACGGCAACGGACCGACAUUCUGGGUUGACUGCCUGGACAUGCCGAUGCACAUGUUCGCCAAAGUCAAUUUUCUUGAGCUGUACCCAACCGCCAAGGUGCCAGAUCUAUUGACGCAGGGUAGUCCGUUUCACUUUUCGUGGAAAGACGUCAAGAUGGAAUUGGACUCUCAACGAGGAUCGUACGCGGUAUUUCAUUAUCGCAUUAAUGGUAGCGCCUUUUCAUGCACCAUUGCCGCACAAGCCGAGCGCUUCGGUGCUGGCUCAUCUACUUCUCCGCUUCGAGAGACAGUAUCAAAGAUCUAUGUGGUCCAGAGUGGUCGGGGAUCUACCAAGAUUUCAACACCUACCGGAGCGGAAGUCAUCGAGUGGAGUGAUAAUGAUGUAUUUGUCGUCCCCGCUUGGUCGUAG